CCAAGUGACCCUCAGCUUAUGGCAGCAUUCUAUUUCAAACCAACUGGCCCCAUGGCCUCCAUAGCACAGCAGCGGCGCGUAAGUAACCUUAUACUUACCUCCAUUGGAUUCUUCGGGCGUGCUACGACGUUAGACCAUGCCAAGUACUGUCCUCGAACCUACCGCAAUCCCAAUCGUUGACUUUGCAUGCUUCGGUGAUGGAACUUCCCCAGAAGCGAUAGAGAUAGGGAGGCAAUUGGUGAAAGCAUGUCGAGAAGUUGGAUUUGCAUACUUUUGCAACACUGGUAUCCCUCAGGCGGAGGUGGAAAGCAUGUUUGAAUGGAGCAGGGCGUUAUUUUCGCUUCCAAUCGAAACAAAGCUAUUAGCUCCGCAUCCUAAGGAGGGAAGGAAUCACCGGGGAUAUAGCGGGGUUGGCAGAGAGCAAGCUUCACAAAUGGUAUUCGACCCAGCGGAGCUCGCCGCAAUACGGAAACAAACUCCCGAUUUCAAAGAAUCCUUUGACGUCGGACGCGAUGAUUGCCCGCGCAUCUCCAAUAUGUGGCUUCCAGAGCAAGUCCUUCCGGGUUUCAGAGACGCAGCGUCUGCUUUCUUUAAUACAUGCUUUCGCUUUGAGAUGGAGAAGCUGUUGCCUGCAUUGUCUCUAGGGCUUGAGCUCCCUGGUGGAGGCGAAUUCUUGGGAAAAUAUCACCAAGAAGCAGAUAAUCAGUUGCGAUUAUUGCAUUAUCCAGCUGCGCCUGCAGAGGUAUUCGCACGCGGUGAGAAAGGGAGAACUGGUGCGCACACAGAUUUUGCAUUGGGUACGAUUCUAUUCCAAGAUGAUGUUGGGGGGCUCGAAGUCGAGAGCCCUCGUGGCUCAGGAAACUUCGUUGCUGCACUACCCAUGCCGGGAACGGUCGUCUUUAACAUAGGAGAUUUUUUGAUGCGGUGGUCAAAUGACACGCUCAAAUCAACACUGCACCGUGUUCGUGCACCCCAGAAUGAUGGGACGGGAAUGGUCAAGGAGCGCUUCUCCAUUCCAUAUUUUAUGUCUGCUGACAGAGAUAUCUUGAUUGACUGCCUUCCUGGCUGUUGGGGCGAAGACAGACCUAAGAUGUACGAGCCUGUGACAGCAGGGGCGUACAUUGACAUGCGACUUGAUGCUACGUAUUAGUGAAGGAUCUAGACCAGCCAUCAGCAUGGAAUGGUCCUGCCCACCGGUUGAAUGUCUUUCUGGCACUUUUUCUUGCUCGUUCCAGCUUCACCAUAAUUUCCAAACCUUGUAGUGAUGUGGCCAUUUGAGUUGCUAUUAGACAUCGCAACAAGCUGUCGCAAUCUGAUUCACUCUGCCACAACUCUGCCAUGUUGCCGUCCUUGGAUACCAUUGACUAGUGACCGUUAAUGUCAUUAUUAGUGGGUUCUAGAACGUUUAGUUACUCUUGCAGUCGACAAACGGUACUGUGAUUCGGCCAGCGCCUGCUACCAUACGUCAUCGGACACUCUAUGUUAUGACCUAUACGGAUACCGAUUAUGAAAUCCAGAAGACGGGCCGAAAGGCCUAUAGUCUGGUUCUCUACCUGUAGUCUUAGGGGCUAAUUCUGUAAACU